AUGAAUACUAGCUACUUUUCACCUCGAUUGAUGGUUGGGGCUGCUAUAGUUGGCAUUGUUGGAGCCGCUGGAGUCUUUAUAUACGAACAGGUGUAUGCUGAGAAGCGGAGAGCAAUGCUAGUGAGAGAAGUACAGAGACUGGAUAAACAAGUAGCUUCUAUGAGGACAGAACUAGAAUCUCUGAGAGACCUACAGAAAGAAGCUAAUCUACGUCGUAUCAAACAGAGGAAGGCUCGCAGAGACCGCUCAGCGAAGAAGGCGGCUGCCGGCGACAGUGGGGAGGUCGCGGAACAGAGCUACGCAUCCGAUUCCGAGUACUUUACGGAUUACCAGUCUGUAUUGGGAACAGAUGGCGAGCUGGACAGCGAGGAGUUCUACGACGUGCCAACGGACGAUGAUGACGACGACACGCUCAGAGAGUCACUGCGUAACGGACAUGUCGCUGAACUUAAAGAUGACGAGGUCUCAGAAAAGAAACCCGAUACUCCUGUUUCAACGUUCAACAAUGCGACAUAG